AUGUACGGUAGAGUAAUCAUGCAUUCUCCAACUCUCGACGCCGAGUCUCGAGACAUUUUUCGGCGUGAUUACGAGGUCUCUGAGGAGAUCGAGCUUGCCCUUCCGGCCGAGGGCGAAGAUCCGGAGCAUGUUCGCCCCGGUUUCUGCUGCGCCUACGUCUCGUACUUCGAGAGUGGCGGGAUGAUUUUCCCAAUUCCGCGCUUUCUGUUGGAGGUACUUGCCCAUCUGAAGAUGGCGUUCCCUCAGAUGCAUCCGAGCCUCGUCCGCCACACUAUCGGAUGCGCCGUCCGAGCCCGUGAGGAGGACAUAUCGUUCGGCGUACGAGAUCUUCGGAAGCUCUUCUCGGUGAAGAGUAACCCGAGGCUCCCCGGCUCGUUCUAUUCUACGCCGAGGCCAAAUCGGCGGAUUUUCACGAGCACCCCGCAAAGAGAUGCCGGGUGGUCUGACGAGAUGUUUUUCUUCCGGGUCAACGAGGCCUCGAUUGGCAACUUUGACUUAGGUCGCCUUCCGACGGUUUGGGCGACGAGCGUUGUCGUUGAUCCAGUACCAAGCAGCCCGUCGAUCGAUUACCUCGUUGAGCGACUGAGAAGGGAGAAGGUGAACUGGAAUACAUUUUCCCGGAUCGGAUCGGACGAGUACUCAGCUCCCCUCCUGCUCCUCCUCCAGGAUUCUAGCUCUGCUUCUUCCGUUCCUCCUCUCUCACGCAGAUCAAAGAUGACCCGUCGUCAACCUCUCAGAUCCCGGACCGCAAAGAGUGCCAAGGGCGCCUCCUCAGGUGGAAGUCGAGUUCGUGCCGGUGAGUUCGUAACGGCCGUGGAGGAGGCCAUGGCUUCGAAGCCCGCGGUGGGGUCUCCUGCCCUUGCCGACCAGGUGGUUGACCAGGUCGACGCGACCGCCGGAGGAGAGGUUGUCCCUCUUCUGAGUACGGUUCAUGUGAGCUCCGAUCGGACUCGGAGUUCGGAUCAAGGUCACUCGAGGCAGGCGCCGAAGCGAGCUCGGAGUGACGAUGGAGAGACUCGUUCUCGCGAGGGCGGCCCGACUGCCUCGAACGGGAGCGGGGGAAAGCCGCCGUUUUACUGGCUGUACGAGAACUCCAAAGGCUUCCCCGUGCAGGACGAGGAGGAGGGAACAGCUCGCAUUCACCUCCACUUCAAGCCCGUAGGAUGCCGGCUCCCGUCCCUGAACCAGAUGUCCGAGAAGGAGCUCUACAUCGCGACGUGUGCAGCGAGUGGGAGGGCUGUGGCAGCUCGUAACAUGUUGGUGUCCCGCCUGGAGUCGAGGAUCAGAGACGCGCCUCAGCUGAAAGAGCUCGAUCAGGUGAAGGAGCUCGUUGCCAAGUUGACCUCCGAUCUCUCUGUGGCGAACGAGCGGGUAGCUCGUCAGGGUGAGCUCUUGAAGAAACACACCUCGUAG